GGGGAGGCGGAGCCGGGCGGGUCUGCGCGGCCCGGCCGCUUCCUGGUCACCGGAGGAGGAGGCGGGAGCCGGGCGAGGUGGCGGCGGGGGGUCCGGCGGUAGCGGGUCUGGCGUCCACUAUGGCCUCGCUCUUUAAGAAGAAGACUGUGGACGAUAUAAUAAAGGAGCAAAAUCGAGAGUUAAGAGGUACACAGAGGGCUAUAACCAGAGAUAGAGCAGCACUUGAAAAACAGGAAAAACAGCUGGAACUAGAAAUAAAGAAAAUGGCUAAGACUGGUAACAAAGAAGCCUGUAAAGUGCUAGCAAAACAGCUUGUACAACUGCGGAAGCAGAAAAAUCGAACAUAUGCUGUUAGCUCUAAAGUUACUUCUAUGUCGACUCAAACAAAGGUCAUGAACUCUCAGAUGAAGAUGGCAGGAGCUAUGUCAACUACAGCAAAAACAAUGCAAGCAGUUAAUAAGAAAAUGGAUCCACAAAAGACACUACAAACUAUGCAGAAUUUCCAGAAGGAAAACAUGAAGAUGGAAAUGACUGAAGAAAUGAUUAAUGAUACUCUGGAUGAUAUUUUUGAUGCUUCUGAUGAAGAGGAAGAAAGCCAAGAUAUUGUUAACCAAGUGCUUGAUGAGAUAGGAAUUGAAAUCUCUGGAAAGAUGGCCAAAGCUCCAUCAGCUGCCAGAGGCUUACCAUCUGCAUCAACAUCAAAAUCUGCUACUAUAUCAGAUGAAGAGAUUGAACGACAGCUCAAAGCUUUGGGAGUUGAUUAACUUGAUGGCAAUAAACAGUCUGCCUUCUAAUUAUUCAGCUGCAGACAGAUGUAAAAAGUGCAAAUACUCUUUCGAUGCAACUGAUGUCUAGGAAAAUUCUGAAGCUUCGGAAAUUACGACCUGAAGUUGGUACUGGGGGAAGAAGGGGAGAAGAUUUUGAGUCAAUUACAGGGAGAAGUACACUUGGUGUGUCCAUUGCAUGGAGUCUUUUUGAGCGCUGGACCAACCAGGGAUGUAGUUCUAAUGAUAAAUUCAUUUAUACCUGAUGUGAAUUUGUCCUCUGAAUUCAAAGUUUUCUUCUAUCUCCAUUCCUAAUCUAUCUUUAGAAUUGGCUAUUCUGUAGCUGGUGGUGAUGCCCUCUAGGACAGCACCUAUAUAAUAUAUAUAAUUUUUAUAAAACUAUUGCUAUAGAAACAUUCUUAGUCUGUUAUAUUACCACAAAUGAAACUUCACUUUUGCUCUUAGUUGGAAACUAUUUUCUUUUGAUGAGAAAUAGCCUUGAAAGUUGAGCUAAUUUAGACAAAGAAGAAACAUUUUAUUUAUUUCUUUCAGGUUCCUGUAGUAACUUUGAGUUGAUUAAACAAUAGCUGGUUAUUCUUUUUACCAAAAGAGGAUACAGUCCUUUUGCAGUUAAUUUUACUUGGAAGAGGAUUUAAAUUUGUUAGUGAACUUUGUUGCAUGAAAGGCACUGAUUGAACUCUGUACUGUAACAUAGCUGGUUUCAACAGAAUUGCUGUGCCUUUAUGUAUAUAAAUCUUGUACCUUUGUGAUUUUUUUCAGAAUGAGUCUUUGAAAGGUAAUUAAGAUGGUUUCACAAAACACUAUGGUGAGACCUCUGUGUACACUUGAUGGGACUCAGUGCUGAAGCUCAGAAAUGCACUUGUUCAGAAAUGUAGCUUGCGCACUUACAAAAAGGACACUUGCCUGAAACAAUGUUUGUAUAUAUUUUACAGUAUUUCUUAAUGAAAGAUAACUGUGCAUCAUGGUAUUGUUUACUAAGAUGCAACUGAUCACAUUGAUAAUUUAAAUCUAAAUUCUAGUUUUGAGAACAGUUUUGGAUGAUACCUGAUAACUACUUGUCUAAACACUAUAAUAAAAGUGUUCUGGUUCUGUGAA